AUGGCUGCCCACCCGACCGCCUCUACGACCCGUGCGUCGUCGCCGACUUCCACUGGCACCACCGCUUUCCCGCAAAGCCCUGAUACGUUGUGUUCUGGUACUCACACGACGGUGAUCGGCUCGCCGUACGCUCCGUCCAACAUUGAACGGAUCGUCCCCGAGAAGGAGGGCGUCAAGCCGGUCAACAAGCCGGUCAUCCGCAUCCAGAGGAUGGCCCUCAGCGACAUCGCCAACCUGGUCAUCGGCGACAAGAAGCAGGUGAUGUUGGAGAAACCGAGCCACGAGAAC